UCCCACUCCAACACUGCGGAUGCUCAAACUGAUAAAUGUCAAGAUCUUCUGUGAUCACACGUUUUUCAACUACCAGCGAGGAUACCUUCUACCAGCAAUAACUGAGGUAUGGACACAGCACCAAGCGGCACUCCUGGUUGAGUUGCAGGGCAAGGAAACCGACUUGGCUGCUGAUGGAAGAUGCGAUUCUCCGGGCCACAACGCAAUUGCCUAUCGUACAGUUUCUAUGAUGGGAAGCUGAACAAGGUUGUCCAUACAGUACAGGUUCAGUCAAAUGAAGUGGCAUCAAGCUACCACAUGGAGCUGGAAGCACUGCAGCGUGGCCUUGAAGAACUGCAUGAUUUCAACGUCGGUGUACGGUCUUUGACAACAGAUCGGCAUCCCAGUGUACGGAAAUACAUGCAUACAUCACACCCAGAGGUUAACCACCAGUUUGAUGUCUGGCACGUUUCCAAAGGCAUUCGAAAGAAGCUGAUGAGUGCCAGCAAAGGAAAAGGUUGCGAAGCACUUGAGCUAUGGUCAAAGCCUGUGGUGAAUCAUCUGUACUACUGUGUCACCCACAGCGAAGGAGAUGCAGAGCGUGUGUUAUCGAUGUGGAAGAGCCUUAACAAUCAUGUGUGCAACAUUCAUGAGGGCCAUGAAGGCCCAUAUCCACGCUGUCUGCACCCUGUCCUGGACGAGAACGACCGACCAUGGCUCAUUCCUGGGUCACAGCCUCAGAAGAAGCUAGCAGAGAUAACCCUGGCAAAAUAUCUGUUGAAGGAUAUUCCAAAGCUUUCUCCUGAUGUUCAGACAUCAAACUUGGAAGCAUUCCACAGCCUUCUCAUCCGGUUUGCUUCCAAGUCUGUUGGGUAUGGCCCCAAAACUAUGAAAUGCAGGACGCAGCUAGCCAUCCUGCAUUUCAAUGAAAACUCCAACAGGGCCCAUGCUUUCACAGAAGAUGGAGAACUGCGCUACCUAAUGAAGCGAUCGAAGGUGUACUCUGGAGAGUAUGUUGCGCUGCCCAUCAAGGAGGAGCCUACCUUCAAUUAUGCUCGCAAGCUUGUGGACAAGGUGGUAGAGCUCUGCCAUAAAUGGCCUACAUUUGAUGACGCAUGGGCUGCAAACUCUCCCGAUGAACUGCCUAGUCUAACGAAGAACGAGCCCCCUGUAGACAAGAGGGCACUUGUAGAGGCCAGGCAACACCGUCUAGAGAUGUGUCGCUGCUGCCUGUGCAAGGAAGAUUCGCAAAUGUAGGUCUAAAUCCAGUGUAGUACGUUGAAGGGAACUUUUCCCGAAUUGCCCACACAACACAUGAUGGCAGCACAUGACGGUUCCCUUCGCCAAGGUGCCCCCAGAGCCAGGAUGCACACUGCCGGUAGGCAACAUAGCGGUACCUCCUGUAACAAACGGAACAACAUCAUUAUGACGAGAACUGUAUUUUUCUCCUACAGGGUCUGCUGCUUCAUGGCCGUGGGCCAGCAUGUCAUUUAUUGAACAUGACACUGGAGAUGACACAUUUUGUUUGACAACUUCAAUUUGAGCUUUCAGAAAGCAGCUUGCAGGUGAGUGACUACGAAAGAGUGAAACUGAACCGCAAGACCGAUAGAAUCAUCUGUGUGGAAGGCUAGCUUAUCAUACUACGCACUGGG